AAUUGUGUGAGGGAAAUGAAACGAAAUGAAUGCUAUGCCGUUUUGUGUUCAGUUUGGACGGCGACGUCCUAACGAGUAGAUCGUGACGGUUUCGUGUGCUCGUGUUAUUAGGUGCAGGUGAUUAAGAAGAACGGGGAAAAAAUUGUGAAAAUAAAUUCAAAAUUUCUGGUGGUCAUCAUCACAAAAAAAAAAAAAAAUAAAGAAGAAGGUGCUAAUCAUAAAAGCAAACAACAAAAAAAAUUUGUUAUAUAUAAAGUGAGAGAAACAAAAAAAAAAAAAAAAAAAAAAAAAUGAAAAUACAAAAAUAAAUAAUGAAAUAAAUCUGUGUUUAUUAUGAUUUUGAUACUCAAAAGCAAGAGCAGACCCCUUUUAAUGCCCUUGAUAUCAAAAGGAAAAUAGAAAAAAAAUCGUAUCAAAAUACGGUCAAGUUUGUGAGUGAGUGUGAAUUAUUGUGUGCUGCAGAGAGGCUUUUUUACUCUUUAAAAAAAAAAGAAAUGUGUGUGAAAAUUUGAGAAAAAAGUAGAAACAUAUAAAAUAUCAAAACAAAGAAGGAUACAUUAUUGGCCGGCAACUGUUGAGGUAUUGCGGCUUAAUUACAGUUCAACGUGGUCCCCCCCUGCCCCUUGAAAAAUCUCCAAGUCUCCCUCUGGCAUCAUUAAACAUCUGUCUUGCAUAAAUCAAAUUAAAAUUCCCCUCUGGCCAAUUUUUUAACUUCCAGAGGUCAAAAAAUAUGCAUGGAACCCCCAAUAAACCCAGUGACUAAAAGACGUAACCCCCAUCCACCGGCCAAGUUAAGUUAAAAGAAAAUCAUGGUUAAACAUAAUGUGGAAAUUGUGAAAACUGAAAAUGGCAUAAAUGCGACGACGAAGGCGGCAACGAAACCCUCUGGGCAGGCGGCAAAUGGAAAUGCGGAUACAGAGGAUUUAAAUGAUGGCGGUGAAAAUGGAACCACAGCGGAGGACAUUCAUUUGGAUGACCUGUACACACGCUAUCGCCAACGAUUGCGUAAGUCAUUAUUUCGCUCCGGUCUAUGGAUAUCGCUGGUGGCAUGUGUGGUGUCCAUUAUAAUUGGUGUGAUAUACCAACAGCAAUUAUUGCACACCCUGUUAUUGGCAUCGGCCGCCCUGAUAUCGGCCAGCAUAUUGACCGCCCUGCAAUUCCCAGUCGUGCUAAGUUCACCAUCGGCCGCAUUGGCUUUUGCCAUUGUGACCACAUUUUCGCUGGGAACGAUAGCGGCAAUUACAGGUGAAGAAUUGGCGCCAUUACCCUUGUUCGCCGUAUUCCUGGGUAUUCACACAAUGCUGCCCAUAUCGUGGCCGGUGUCUGUGGUCUUGGCCCUAUUUAUGACGGCCAUACACGUUGUCUAUCGUCUGUGCAUUGCUCCGGACUAUUCGCCUAAUUUGCCUGUGCUAUUCGGCGAAAUUGUAAUGCUGGCCAGUGCAUCCGUUUCCGGUCUCUACUAUCGCAUCAUGUCCGAUGCAGCCCACACACGUACCGUCGAUGGCACGCGAACCGGCAUCGAACAACGCGUCAAACUCGAAUGCGAACGUGAACAACAGGAGCAGCUGCUGCUGAGCGUAAUACCAGCUUAUAUUGCCGCAGAGGUUAAACGCAGCAUUAUGCUGAAAAUGGCAGAUGCCUGCCAAAGGGCGGGGGGUCAAAGCAACUCAUCGGCCACUCGUUUCCAUGAGCUACAUGUCCAGCGUCACAACAAUGUGUCCAUUCUGUAUGCGGAUAUUGUGAAUUUUACACCGUUGUCGGAACAAUUGACGGCCAGUGAUUUGGUGAAGACUUUGAAUGAUUUGUUUGGGCGUUUCGAUCAGAUUGCUCAGGAAAAUCACUGUCUUCGCAUCAAAAUCUUGGGCGAUUGUUACUACUGCGUCUCUGGCCUGCCCAUCUCCAGGCCACAACAUGCAUCCAAUUGUGUCAAUAUGGGUCUGCAGAUGAUUGAUGCCAUCAGGCAUGUCCGUGAAGCGACUGGCAUAAAUGUCGAUAUGCGUAUCGGCAUUCAUACCGGCAAUGUUUUGUGCGGUGUUCUCGGUCUGAGAAAAUGGCAAUUCGAUGUUUGGAGCGAUGAUGUUACACUGGCGAAUCACAUGGAGAGCGGCGGUGUGGCGGGGCGGGUACACAUCACCAAACAAACAUUGGAUUUUCUCAAUGGCAAAUUCGAAGUGGAGGAGGGAAAUGGCGGUAGUCGCGAUUCCUAUUUGGCAGAUCAUAAAAUUGAGACCUAUUUAAUUGUGCCACCCAAGAAACCCAGCUACAUCUUGCAUCCGGUGCCACGUGUCAUUGAGUGCAGCAACUCCCUGGAGACGGCCGAAAAUGCCAUGGAUCAACAGCCAGCCAACAAUGUCUACAGCAGUGGUCACAAUGCCGAUGCUGAGGCCUCGGAGAAACUUCUACCCCUGACCAUUGUCAACUUCAAGGGGGUGGAGGGCAACCAUUCUCCGCCGCCAGCAGCAGUGGCAGCAACAACAGGUGGUGGCAGCAACAGUCCUGAGCCAAAACUGCCACAAUUAUCCUCAACAAAGACAUCGAUGUCAAUUAAAGAAGAAGAAGAUGAGGAUAACGUGGAACUGAGACAAAACGAAGGAAAUAAAAAGGAUGCCUCCACCUCCCCCCAGCAACAAUUGCUCCCCGAAUCGGUGGCAAAUCACAAUUCAGCCCCAGAGAUGGCCAACAAUACUCAUGCCUCCCUUACACCCAAAUCCUCACUAAGUCUACCCAAUGAGGAUGCCCUCAGUGCCAGUGGCAGUGAGGGAGGAAAUAGUGGCGGUACCUCUACCCCUGCCACGCACAUCACAGAAAAUCCUCUGGCAAAUCUAGACUCAUCCACAGCUCUAAACGGUAAUGCGAUUGCCAACUCAGUUAAUUCCACCAAUGCUGCUGCCGCCACCGCAUCAGGAACAACCACAACGGGUAAUAAUCUCUUGACUUCGGAUAUGCCAGAGGCCAAGAGCAAACGGAAGCUAUCGGUGCAAGGUCUAAUAUCAUUUGCCGAUAGAAGACGCUCGUCUGCAUCAUUUACCGAACGUAAAAUGUCCUUCCAUACAAAUGAAAGUUUUCGCAGUCAUGCAGGCCAUGUUACACGCAACCGACCCUCAUCCAAGAUGACCAAAUACGUUGAGUGCUGGGGAGCUGAUAGACCAUUUGCCAAUAUUGCCGAAUCGAAAUUGGUUAAGAAUAUUGGUUUGGCCAGCAUUGCCAUGAUUGAAUCAAAUUUAUUGCCACCGGAGCGUAAAUGUUUUAAUUUCAAUUGCUUUGGACCACCCACCGAACUGAAGCCGCUCACCAUGUGGUAUCGCAAUACACCGCGCGAAGUAAUGUAUCGCGCCCAGCCGGAUACUCAUUUUCGCUAUGAUUUAAUCUGUGCUUUCUUGCUGUUCAUCUCGAUAGCGGCAGUGCAGUUGAUUGUUAUGGAUAUUAACCUAGCCCUAUUGGGCUCCCUAAUAGCAACAUUUAUAUCCCUGGGCCUGUUUCUGUAUCUGAGUAACAUGCAUGUUCCGGACAUCAACUCCAGCACACCCGAUCGCAAUGGUCCCGGCCAGGUGGUGGCCAGUAGCCGUUUCUUGCGUAUGGCCAUUUUCAUAAUUGUGAAUAUUUUAAUAUCAGCCUGUGCUGUGUUUAGUGUGAUCAAUUUUGCCUACGAGGACUACGAUGAACCCACCGUCUCAAAUCUCAACCUGACUGGCAUCUCGAAUAUCUCCAAUGACUCAUCGAUACCUGACAUAGACACAAUACCCUCAUAUCCGGAUCUGCAAAUAGCUCCGAUAUAUCUCUUCUGUUGUGCCAUCAGCUUGGCAGCUGUCUCGGCUUUCCUGCGCUCGGGAUUUAUAUUGAAAUUUUUCACCAUGGUAGUGGCUCUGGUGUGCCAGAUUGUGGUGCUGCAUUUUAGUAAUUUAUUGGAGCUCUACAAUGCCAGAUAUCGCAUGGAUUACUUGCCCAUCGAAGUUAAAAGUUUCCUACUCCUGCUGUUGGUGGUGGCUGUUUUGCACACCCUCGAUCGCCAGGGAGAAUAUGUGGCCCGCACAGAUUUCCUGUGGAAGGCCAAGCUAAAAGUGGAACAGGAGGAGGUCGAGACCAUGAGGGGUAUCAACAAGAUCCUCUUGGAGAACAUUCUACCCGCUCACGUUGCCACCCAUUUCCUUAGCCAACAAAAUCCCUCUGAGCUAUACCAUGAGAGCUAUUCCUGUGUUGCCGUCAUGUUUGCCUCCAUACCGAACUACAAGGAAUUCUACGAUGAAACGGAUGUAAAUAAGCAGGGCCUGGAAUGCCUGCGUCUGCUGAACGAAAUUAUAUGCGAUUUUGAUAAGUUACUAUUGAAACCCAAAUUUAGUGGCAUCGAAAAAAUUAAAACCAUUGCAAGUACCUAUAUGUGUGCCUCAGGCCUGAGGCCGGGCAAGGAGGAAGGAGCCAAGCUGAUGCGCAAUUUUGCGGAUGAGAAACGUACCGAGGAGCAUAAUGUUGUCAUUCUGGUUGAAUUUGCCAUAGCACUGAUGUCAAUUUUAGAUUCCAUAAAUCGUGAAUCGUUUCAACGCUUCAGGCUACGCAUUGGCCUCAAUCAUGGUCCUGUCAUUGCCGGCGUGAUUGGAGCUCAAAAGCCGCAAUACGACAUUUGGAGCAACACGGUGAAUGUGGCAUCACGCAUGGAUUCGUGUGGUGUCAUGGGUCGAUUACAGACAACCGAGCACACGGCCAAAAUCUUGAUGGCAGCUGGCUAUGAAUGCGAGUGCCGUGGUCUGACCUAUGUCAAGGGCAAGGGAAAUCUAGUCACCUACUUCGUAAAGACACCAUUCGAUGGGAAAUUGUAAAUCAUUGUUUGUUUAAGAAUAUUAUUUCAAAUAUUAUGUUUCUCUUUUUUUCUAAAUUACUUUACAUGUUUUAUAAAAACAACAACAACAAAAACAAUAAUACACAUUUCAAAGAUGAAGAAAAAAAAAACAAAAAAAAUACUAAUGGAAAAAUUAUGCAAAUUAGCGGAAAAAAUGAAAAACUCAUCAUUUAGCAAAUAUUAUAUUUAUUACAAAGCCAACAACACCUACACCAUACCUUCACUCCAUAUCCUGCUCCCCGCCAUGAUAAUUACAUGCUCAGCACCACUUGAAUAUGAAAUGUUAGGCAAUAAAAUUGAAGAAGACGAAAAAAGCUGAUGCGAAAGUUAACGAAUUCAAAUUCAAACCUUCUCCUUUUUUUGACACUAACACCCACCACCGAACAUCACCGACACCAUAUCCUCCACCUUCCCCUCCAAAUCCCACUUAACAGCAUCAUUUUUCAUACAGUCAUAUUUCAAUUAUCCAAAGCAUUUAAUUUAUAUACACGCACACACACAUACAAACAAACACAUAAAUUUAUAUUUUUUAGAAGAAUAAAAAAAAGAGAAAACCAAUUAUAAUAACAAUUACAAAAAAAGAAGAACAAUAAGAAAACAAAAUAGGGAAAAUGUGGAGUCCAGCGGUAUCGAGGCAGAGAGGCAAAGGUAUAAUUGUCCCACAUGCAGGAGUUAUUUUGAUUUUUUUAAUGCUAUUUUCAAAAUCCAAUAUUUAUGAUGAAAAAUGUAUUAUCAAUUGUUGAUCCCACGAAAAAUAUUGUUAUCGAUAUAUUAUCAUUCAAAAUCUUCAACGUAGUAUUUAGGCAAUUUUCAAAAAAAAAAAAAAACCAUUUCCAAAAUCCAAAAUUGAAAUUUUGGAAUAAUAAUAUAUCGAUAACAAUAUUUUUCAUGAGAUCAACAAUCGAUAAUACAUUUUUCGACACUCAAAUUUAUCGAUAACAACAUUUUUACUGGAAAAAUUUAUGGAAUAUAGCAUUUGGUACACAAUAAAUAAUCGAUAACAAUAGUUGUUUAGUAAAAAUAUUUCGAUAACAAAAUGUUUCGAUAACAAGGUUGUUGUUACUGGAAAAGUUUAUUGAUAAAAGAACAUUUGACUGAAAACAUAAUCGAAAGCAAAAUUUGCUAAAUAAAAACAUUUCGAUAACCAGUUUUACUUCAAAAACAUCGAUCGAUAACAAUAUUUUUACAGGUAGUUUUUAUUUUAAAAUGCAUAUUCCACCAAAAAUGUAAUCGAAGGAAAAGAAAAUUGCAUCAAAAAUGUAAUCGAUAACAAUAUUUCACUAAUAAAAAUAUUUCGAUAACAAAAAUUUUGCAUUAAAAAUCGGUUGAACUUUCUGUACAGAAGAAUUAUUCGACAACUACUCUUGUUCCUGCAGAAAAAGUGUUGGAAAACAGCGUUUUUCUACAGCAAAAAUUUCCGAUAACUUCAUUUUCUAUAGAAAAAAAGUUCGAUAACAACAAUUUCUCUCGAAAAGUUGUUCGAUAACAACAUUCUCUAUAGAAAAGUUGUUCGAUAACAACUUUUUUUAACAGAUUUUUUUUAUGAAAAAGUUGUUCGAUAACAUUAUUUUCUAUAAAAAAGUUGCUCGAUAACAGUAUUUUCUAUGGAAAAGCUCUUCGAUAACAACUUUUUCUAUAAAAACGUGGUUCGAUAACAAAUUUUUCCAUGGAAAAGUCGUUCGAUAAAAACUUUUUCUAGAGAAAAGUUGUUCGAUAAAAACAUUUUCGAUAACAACAUUUUCCAUAUAAAAGUUGUUCGAUAACAAAAUUUUCUAUAGAAAAGUUGUCCGAUAACAACAUUUUCCAUAGAAAAGUUAUUCGAUAGCAACAUUUUCUAUGGAAAAGUUAUUCGAUAACCACAUUUUCUAUAGAAAAGUUGUUCGAUAACAACAUUUUCUAUAGAAAAGUUGUUCGAUAACAACAUUUUCUAUAGAAAAAUUGUUCGAUAACAACAUUUUCUAUAGAAAACUUGUUCGAUAACAACAUUUUCUAUAGAAAAGUUGUUCGAUAACAACAUUUUCUAUAGAAAAGUAGCUCGAUAACAAAUUUUUCUAUAGAAAAGAUGUUCGAUAACAACUUUUUCCAUUGAAAAGUUGUCCGAUAAUACCAUUUUAUGCAACUGUUUCUAUGGAAAACUUGUUCGAUAACAACUUUUUCUAUGGAAAAGUUGAUCGAUAACAACUUUUUUUUAUAGAAAAGCUGCUUGAUAACAACAUUUUCUAUAAAAAAAGCUGCUUGAUAACAACAUUUUCUAUAAAAAAAGUUGUUGGAUAACAACAUUUUCUAUAGAAAAUUUGUUCGAUAACAACAUAUUCUAUAGAAAAGUUGUCCGAUGAAAACAUUUCCUACAGAAAAGUUCUUCGACAAAAACAUUUUCUAUGGAAAGGUUGUCCGAUAGCAAUAUUUCCUAUAGGAAAGUUGCUCGAUAACAACAUUAUCUACAGAAAAAUUAUUCGACAGCUUUUUCUUUGGAAAAGUUGUUCGAUAACAACUUUUUCUUUGGAAAAUUCAUCAAUUUUUAUUUGAUGUUAAACAUUUUUGAUAACAACUUUUGCCAUAAAAAAACUCCCAAAAUCUCUUGUAUGCAAAUAUGUAUCCGUUUAGAUCCAAACGUAUCACAUUCUUCCUCCUUGCAAAAGGUUCUUGCCAUUUGAAUGCUACGCAGUUAUUUAAAUCAGCAUUUUGGUUAAUGUAAUUACGACGGCCUAAUAGGCUCUCGUAUUGCUUUCAAUUCUAAGCAGCAGUGGAAGAGGAGUGGGAAAUAAUGCCCACGGCCUUAAUAACACCCAGCACGACAGGAUGAAACCAUCAAAACAGAUGCGUGGGCGAGUACAACAUUUAACCGCCAAAAUGCCAACAUUUGCUCCACUCCCUUUGUUGUUGUUAUUGUUUUCUAAAUAGCCUUAGGUGUUUCAUAACUGUUUAUGUUGCUUAUUAAACGAAAAUUUUUAAUGUAAAUGUUAUUUUUUGUUGUUUCAAUGCAAAAACAGAAACCAACAACAACAAUUUACAAAAGAAAAACAGAAAAAAAUACUGUUAUGUUAAUUUAAUAAUGUUAAAUGUUUUCUUGAUUAUUUUUAAAAUUAUUUUCAUUUGUUUCUUAACUUUCCUCACUCCCACCUACUAUGCUACCCCACUCUCUCUCUCUCUCUCUCUCUCUCACACUCACUCACUCUCUGAAGAUAUACCUCAAAGAAUAUGUUUUUUGUUCUUACAACUUCUAUGACACUAACCUCUUGAAGCCCACCACCAACCCUCCUCUAACCGAAUAAAAGCUAAAAAUAUUUAAAACACAAACACAGCAACUACAACAAUAAAGCAAAAAUGUACAGAGGAAACAAGAAACUCGUAACAUUUAUCGAAAGUUGUCUAUAUAUAUUUUUUAAAAAAGCAUAUAUUUAUUAAAAAAAAAAAAAAACAAAAAAUAACACAACAAAAAAACAAACAAACUAUUUUUUAUACUAAAUUGUUAUUAUUAAAUAUAUUACGUUUUGUUUAUUUGCCUAGUUUUAAGUUUUUUUAUGAUUGUAUGUUAAAAACAAAAAAACAUUUUUGAAAAAAUGAAGAAAAAUCGAAGGAUAAGUAGUGGUAUUUUUAAGAAAAUUACCUAUAUGUCUGUAGGUGUGUAUGUUUCUUUAAAUUAGAAAAAU